AGUUGUCAUCGGAUGACACCUACCUGUCACUGCUGUCAGUUUCCGUAUGGAUGGGUUUUGUUGAAUUUUUAGGACUUUACAAUAAAAUUCUUAUUACAUGUUUUUAACAUAAGAUUAUGAGUGUAAUACCUAGGAUAGACGAUUUGGUUCAGUCUGUUUCACUUUAUACAAGACUGCCAUUUAUUUUUCAUUUAUAUUUAUUACCUUUCUUAAUAUUGUAUCCAAUCUGGAUAUAUUUAUGGAUAGGAUUAUGGGGAUUCUGGGAUCAUUACGAAGGGGGAUUUGUUGGUCUUGCUAUAAUAGGAUGUAUGCAGAUUCUAUCGUGCUUGGCCUGUUAUUGGUCAGUACAUAUAAAUUGUUUUUUUACGUGUAAAAAGGAGAAAGAUCCGUUUAAAGCAACAAUUACCAAAGUUGUUCCUACACCAAAUAAUGGAAGUUCAGAAAUACUGUGGCUUAGGAAACUUAAGCCACCAGAUAAUGAUAAUAUGGUAUAUUUUAUUUUCCAAAAAACAAAAUACAUAUGGGAUACUGAAAAAAAAUUGUUUAGAGAUAUUGAGUUUCCUAUACAUAAGUCCUAUUCGGAAUAUAAUUCAUCAAAAGGAUUUCAAGAGGAAGAAGAUGUUAAACAAGCCAGUAUUAUUUAUGGAAAAAAUGAUUUGGAAAUGGUUGUACCAGAAUUCUCUGAACUAUUUCUUGAAAGAGCUACAGCCCCAUUUUUUGUCUUUCAAAUAUUUUGUGUAGCAUUGUGGUGCUUAGAUAAAUACUGGUAUUUUUCUAUAUUUACUCUAAUUAUGUUAGUCUUGUUUGAAUGUACAUUGGUGCAACAACAAUUAAGAAACAUGGCAGAAAUUCGAAAAAUGGGAAAUAAACCAUAUAAUAUUUUGGUUUAUCGUAACAGAAGGUGGAGAACUAUAUUUACAAAUGAACUUAUUCCGGGAGACAUAAUUUCAAUAACUAGGCUGCAGAAAGAUAAUCUUAUACCUUGUGAUGUGCUAUUAUUAAGAGGUUCCUGUAUUGUUGAUGAAAGUAUGUUGACUGGUGAAUCUGUACCACAAAUGAAAGAGGCAAUUGAAACUUGUGACCCUGAAAAAAUAUUAGAUCCUGAUGCUGAUGGAAAAUUGCAUGUAUUAUUCGGUGGUACUAGGGUAGUACAACAUACACCUCCUGUAAAAGCUACCAGUGGUUUACGUCCUCAAGACAAUGGUUGUGUGGCAUAUGUACUUAGAACUGGUUUUAAUACAUCUCAAGGGAAAUUGCUUCGAACAAUUUUGUUUGGAGUGAAAAGAAUUACUGCUAAUAAUAAGGAAACAUUUGGUUUUAUUUCAUUUUUGUUGAUAUUUGCAAUAGCUGCUGCCAUUUAUGUUUGGCAGAAAGGAAUAGAAGAUCCAGAAAGAAAUCGUUACAAGCUUUUCCUGGAAUGUACUUUAAUUUUAACAUCGGUGAUUCCCCCCGAAUUACCAAUUGAAUUGUCAUUAGCAGUUAAUACUUCUCUGUUGGCUCUAGCAAAAUUGGGAGUAUAUUGUACAGAACCUUUUAGAAUUCCAUUUGCAGGAAAGAUUGACAUUUGUUGUUUCGAUAAAACAGGCACAUUGACCAGUGAUAAUCUGGUGGUUGAAGGAAUAGCUUUGGCUGAAAAAGAUUCUAAAGUAGUAACGAUACAAAAUGUUCCUUUGGAGACUACUCAUGUUUUAGCUUCCUGCCAUUCGCUAGCUCAGCUAGAUGAUGGACUGGUAGGAGACCCUUUAGAAAAGGCAACUAUUACAGCUAUCGACUGGGUUGUUACAAAAGCAGAUUGUGUUUUACCUAGAAAAGGUAAAUCUCCUGGAUUAAAAAUAUUUGUGAGACACCAUUUUUCAUCUCAGUUAAAGAGAAUGUCGGUCGUUGCUGGUUACAAUCCUCAUGGAUCCACAGACACCAUUUAUAUAGCUUCAGUUAAAGGAGCACCUGAAAUUUUAAGAACUAUGUUUACAGAUCUUCCUCCCAAGUAUGACGAAGUAUACCUGGAACUAUCCAGACGAGGAGCUAGAGUUUUGGCUCUGGGUUAUAAAUCAUUUGGAAAAUUAUCGAGUCAGGAAGUUCGUGACUUAUCUCGAGAAGAUGUCGAACAGAAUCUUGAUUUUGCCGGUUUUGUCAUCAUCUCCUGUCCGUUAAAGAGCGAUUCAAAACAUGCUAUUAGAGAAAUUCAAAAUGCAUCGCAUAAAGUUGUCAUGAUAACCGGCGAUAAUCCUUUGACGGCUUGUCACGUGGCAGGCGAACUGAAGUUCACGUCCAAGUCUAUAGCCAUACUUACUGAAGACCAAUCACUGAAAUUUGUAUGGGAGGACGUUCAUCAGACUGAAAGAAUUCCAAUUGAUGCCAAAGACCGCGACAUUCUUGCAAAAUACGACCUAUGUAUAACGGGCGAUGGCUUAACUUACCUUCAGCGGAAUCAUCCCACUUUACUGCGAGGUAUUCUACCACACGUCGCCAUUUUCGCUCGUUUUGCGCCAAAGCAAAAAGAAUUCGUCGUCACGCAGCUGAAAAGCUUAGGGUUUACGACACUGAUGUGCGGCGACGGUACGAAUGACGUAGGCGCGCUAAAGCACGCAGAUGUGGGCGUGGCGAUAUUGGCACACGCGCCCGAACGCGCAUCUGGCCAAGCAGAUAAAGAUAAGGAGAAGGAAAAGGAGCGCGAACGGCGUCAGAAAGACGAGCGAGAAAGACUGGUGGCUCGUAGCUCUAGACCCAAUCAGGUGCGGCCAAUUAUUGAACAGAGGGACCGGCUGCAAAAUAGGGUUAACAAACUUAAGAAAGAAUUGGAAGAAGAAGAUCAGCCUCAAGUAGUAAAAUUGGGAGAUGCGAGUAUUGCCUCGCCUUUUACAAGCAAAUUGUCAUCUAUUAUGUGUAUUUGCCAUAUCAUAAAGCAGGGACGAUGCACUUUGGUAACAACAUUACAAAUGUUUAAAAUCCUAGCUUUAAACGCCUUAAUAUUGGCCUAUACACAAUCAGUUCUCUAUCUGGAUGGAAUUAAACUUAGAGAUACGCAAGCUACCUUACAAGGCUUUCUAUUAGCAGCUUGUUUUUUAUUUAUAUCUAGAUCAAAGCCAUUGAAGACUUUAUCGAAACAAAGACCAUUGCCAAACAUUUUUAAUUUCUAUACGAUUUCUACAGUGCUGUUGCAAUUUAUGGUACACUUUGUAUGCCUUAUAUAUUUGGUGCAAGCGGCUAAAGCUAGAACCCCAGUAGAAGAACCUAAAUUAAAUGCUACAGAACCAGUUCAGAAAUUAACACCGGAAGAAGAAGAUGAACUGUUUCAACCUAAUAUUAUAAACAGUACUGUUUAUAUUAUUUCAAUGGCUUUGCAAAUAGCUACAUUUGCAAUAAAUUACAGGGGUAAUCCAUAUAUGGAGAGUCUGCUUCAGAAUAAGGCACUGUUGUACAGUAUUCUUGGCUCAAGUUCCGUUGUUUUAGCGCUUACUUUGGGCAUCAUGCCUGAUCUUUCAGCUCAGUUUGAAAUCAUAGAAUUUCCAGAAGACUUUAAAUACGUUCUACUUCUAGUAUUAUUUGCCGACUUCUUAUUUUCAUUCUUAGUGGACAGGGUUUGUUUGUGGAUAUGUGGUGAAGGAAAGUCAAGAAUAUCGUAGUAAUUGCUUCAAGUUUUGAGUUUUAAUUCAAAAUAAGAAAAUAGAAUUUCAUUCCAAAUGAACUACUUUAAAUUAGACUUGUGAAGUAUUUUAAGUAAAUAUGUAAAGAAGGAUUAAUAAAGUUUUGUUAAAUAAUCGA